AUGGAAAAAGGGAAAGAGAAAUUGGAUUCGGAGAUGGUGAGUCGGAAGGAAAAGCGAAAGGCAUUGAAGAAAAUAAAGAGAAAGGAGAGAAGGAAGGAGAUUGCGGAGAUGGAACGGUUGGAGGAAGAGGCUCGUCUCAACGAUCCCGAACAACAGAGGAAGAGGAUGCUGUUGGAGCAGCAAGAGGCCGAGAGAAUCGAAAGGGAUAGGAUCGCAUUCGAAGAAAGGGAGAAGGCUUGGAUCAUUAAACAGCAAGAAGCUCAAAUUGAACUUCAACUUUUUCAGCAACAACAAUCUCAACAACAACAAGACGAUGACACUGAUAAUAACCACGACGUCGUAGAGGAAGCAGCAGAAGAAGAUGAAGACGGUCCUCCGGAGAUUAUUUGGCUAGGGAAUGAAAUAAUCAUCAAGAAGAAAAAGCCCAAUCUCCUCCUCCUCAACCACCGGGAGCAUGAUCAUGAUGCCGCUGGUACUGAUAAUAAUAGACCUACAUCAAAUCCCUUUCCACCGGAAUCUCCCUCUCAAGCUGGCUCCAAUUCAGCACUUUCCGAGAAUGUUGCUCAACAAAUACCUAAUUUCGGAACUGAACUGGAUAAAGCUCACUGUCCUUUUCAUCUUAAAACCGGAGUGUGUCGAUUUGGUGAUCGUUGUAGCAGGGUCCAUUUCUACCCCGAUAAGUCCUGCACCUUUGUCAUCAAAAAUAUGUAUAAUGGUCCUGGCCUUGCUUGGGAACAAGAUGAAGGCCUUGAGUAUACAGAUGAGGAGAUUCAACGUUGUUUUGAAGAGUUUUAUGAGGAUGUUCAUACAGAGUUCCUGAAGUUUGGAGAAAUUGUGAACUUCAAGGUGUGUAGAAAUGGUUCAUUUCACUUGCGAGGAAAUGUCUACGUACAGUACAAGUUGUUGGAUUCUGCUCUGCUUGCUUAUAACUCAAUUAAUGGUCGCUAUUUUGCUGGGAAACAGGUCAGAUGUAAAUUUGUUAAUUUAACAAGAUGGAAGGUUGCUAUUUGUGGGGAGUAUAAGAAAUCACGUUAUGAGACCUGUUCUCGUGGAACAGCUUGCAAUUUUAUCCACUGUUUCCGCAAUCCAGGUGGAGACUAUGAAUGGGCAGAUUCUGACAGACCACCCCCAAAAUUUUGGGUUAACGAGAUGGUUGCUUUAUUUGGUCAUUCUGAUGAUUAUGAGAUCUCGAGGAUUCAUGAUAAAUCUAGUGCACUGAAGCACUCCAGCGAUGUCUCAGUAACAGAUUAUGACAGGUAUCACUCAAGAAGACCUAAAUCUAGAGAGAUAAAUCAGUCUAAUGGUGGGCGUUCUGAUAGAAGAAAACACGAAGAUGAAAGAAAACAAAUAACUCAUGUCGAGGAGUGGAAUACCCAUUUUAAAGACAACCAUAAAAGGAAGCGCAGGAACAGAACUCCUGAUAUUGAUUCUGACAUGGAAUGGUUAGAAGAGGUAGAUAGGGAAAAGUACCAUGAACACAGAAGGAAAAGCUCAUUUAAUUUGAACAAGGAUGACAGUAGCAGAAGGCAUGAAGAGUAUUCUGAGGUGGAUAGAGCUACUGUAAACAGGGACCAUGAAAAACGGCAUGAUAGAAAAGGAAGGAGCUCACGAAUGUCGGAUUGGGAUAGUAGGGACUGUAUUUAUGAGUCGGGAUCUGAUGAGGAUAGUGAUAGAAGAAGGCAUCGUAGUAGCCAAAGGAAAGGAUCAAGACAUCGAAGCAGGGACAGCAAUAAUGUAACUGAUGAACCUGACAAAAAUAGAGGCCAUGAAGACUAUUUUGAUGUGGAUUGGGAUACUAUGACUAGGGACAAUGAAAAGAAGUAUGGCGGCAAAGGAAUGAACUCGCAAAAGCAAAACAAGGAUAGUAGGCGGCAUCAGGUUUAUGAGGCUGGAUCAGAUGAGGAUAGACAUAGAAAAAGGCACCGCAGUAGACAAAAGAAGGAAUCUAGAGACAUAAGCAUGGACAACAGCUGCGUAAUUGAUGAAUCUGACAGAUAUAGGAGAGAUGGAAACACAACGUGA